UCAGGAUGGAUUGGGGGGGUCAGGAUGGACUCGGGGGGGCUCAGGGGCCAGAUUCGGGGUCCCUGACCCCCCCGCCCCCCCCCCCAGACUGCCGGAGCCCCGACAGCUCCUCCCUGAGCGCCUCCCCGCCCCCCCCGGAGCCGCCGCCCCCCCUGCCCCCCCCCCCGCUGCUGGGGGCGCCCAUGGGGUCCCCCCUGCCCCCCCCCGGCCUGGGCUCCCCCUUCCCCGUCAUCAGCUCGUCCAUGGGCUCCCCGGGCGGGGGGGGGCCUCCCGCGACCCCCCCCAUCGCCUACGGCCCCGUCAGCAGCCCCCAGAUCAACUCGACGGUGACGCUGCCCGGGCUGCCCCCCCCCGUCAGCAGCUCUGACGACGUGAAGCCCCCCCUGGGGCUGCGCCCCGUGCCCUGUCACCCCCACGGGGGCACCGGCAAGCGGCUGUGCGCCAUCUGCGGGGACCGCUCCUCGGGGAAGCACUACGGCGUGUACAGCUGCGAGGGCUGCAAGGGCUUCUUCAAGCGCACCAUCCGCAAGGACCUGACCUACACGUGCCGCGACAACAAGGACUGCGUGGUGGACAAGCGCCAGCGCAACCGCUGGCAGUACUGCCGCUACCAGAAGUGCCUGGCCACCGGCAUGAGCGCGAGGGCCGUGCAGGAGGAGCGCCAGCGCGGCAAGGACAAGGACGGCGACGGCGACCUGGUGGCCAACGCCAACGAGGAGAUGCCGGUGGAGAAGAUCCUGGAGGCCGAGCUGGCGGUGGAGCAGAAGUCGGACCAAACGGUGGAGGGCGGCGGCGGCGGCGGGGGCAGCUCGCCCAAUGACCCGGUGACCAACAUCUGCCAGGCCGCCGACAAGCAGCUCUUCACGCUGGUGGAGUGGGCCAAGCGCAUCCCCCAUUUCUCACAGCUGCCCCUGGACGACCAAGUCAUCCUGCUGCGGGCGGGCUGGAACGAGCUGAACGAGCUGCUGAUCGCUCGUCCUUCGCAGCACCGCUCCAUCACGGUCAAGGACGGGAUCCUCUUGGCCACCGGCCUCCACGUCCACCGCAACAGCGCCCACAGCGCGGGCGUGGGGGCCAUUUUCGACAGGGUGCUGACGCAGCUGGUCUCCAAGAUGCGCGACAUGCGGAUGGAUAAGACGGAGCUGGGGUGUCUGCGCGCCAUCAUCCUCUUCAACCCGGACGCCAAAGGCCUCUCGAACCCCGGCGAGGUGGAGCUGCUGCGGGAGAAGGUUUACGCGUCGCUGGAGUCCUAUUGCAAACAGAAAUACCCCGAGCAGCAGGGCAGGUUCGCCAAGCUGCUGCUGCGCCUGCCGGCGCUGCGCUCCAUCGGCCUCAAGUGCCUGGAGCACCUCUUCUUCUUCAAGCUCAUCGGGGACACCCCCAUCGACACCUUCCUCAUGGAGAUGCUGGAGGCGCCGCACCAGCUCUCCUGAGCCCCCCCGAAACGGGGGGUGGGCAACAGGGCCCCCCCGGACCCCCCCCACCCCCCCCCACCGAGGGAUUUGGGGUGGGGGUCCCUGUGCGCCCGCCCGCGCUCUGGGAUGUUGUAUCAUAGCCCCAAGUACUGGUGACCGUCACACCCCUCCAGGGUGUUAUUUUGGGGGGGGGUGCAGCGCGCUGAGCCCCCAAACCAGUGGGGGUUGGGGGGGGCACCCCCCUGCCCCCCCAUGUCCCCCCCCCACCACUCAGGCACCUGGUGCCUGUCACACCAGGGUGGCCCCCCCAGGGUGUUAUAUGGGGGGGGGGAGGGGUGCAGCACCCUGAGCCCCCAAACAGGGGGGAGGGCAACAGGACAACCCCCCCCCCUCCCCCCCGAGGGAUUGGGGGGGGUCCCUGUGCUCAUCACACCCACCCAGGGUGUUAUUUUGGGGGAGGGGGGGGUUGUGCAGCGCCUUGAGCCCCCAAAACAGUGUUGGGGGGGCACCCCCUGUCCCCCCCAUGUCCCCCCCACCACUCAGGCACCCGCUGCCCAUCACACCAGGGUGCCCCCCCCCCUGUUAUUUUGGGGGGGGUCACCCCAUGUCCCCCCCAUGUCCCCCGCCCACCACCCAGGCACCCGCUGCCCCUCACACCCCCCCCGGGCUGUUAUUUUAGGGGGAAGGGGGGCACAGCACCCCUGAGCCCCCAAACCGGGGGUGGGGGGCACCCCAUGUCCCCCCCCAUGUGUGUGUGUCCCCCCCCCCACCACUGUCACACCAGGGUGACCCCCCCCCCCAGGGUGUUAUUUCGGGGGGGGGGGAGGGGGUGCAGCGCCCUGAGCCCCCAAACCAGUGGGGGGGGGGGCACCCCCUGUCCCCCCCCCAUGUCCCCCCCACCACGCAGGCACCCGGUGCCCGUCAUACCCCCCCGGCAUGUUAUUUUGGGGGGGGGGGGGGGGUGGCACCCUGAGCCCCCAAACCAGUGGGGGUUUGGGGGCCUCACCCCAUGUCCCCCCCCCCCCAUCCCCCCCCCCCUCCACUCAGGCACCCGAUAGCACUUUGAACCCCCCCUCCCCCCCCACUAUGCAGCAGGUACCCAGGGCGGGGGGAGGGGGGCUGGGGGGUGGGGGGGGCACUGGGGAGCGGGGGGGGGCUUUGUUUUUUGUAGGUCCUACAGCCCCCCCGCCCCCUCCCGCCCCGUGGUUUUAUUCACCU